AUGGGCGUGGCCUCUGAUGGCUUCAGCAGCUGGCGGGCCCGCGUGUCCGCCUUAAGGGAGUCCAGGAAGCUGGUGCUGGUGAUCGUCGCCAUCGCCUUGCUGCUGGACAAUAUGCUCCUGACCACUGUUGUGCCAAUCAUCCCGGAGUUCCUCUAUGACAUACGCCACCCGGAUGCACCGCUCUCGAUGUCCCUGGACGAGAUAACCACCCCGCCACCCCCGCCUACCCCCUACUGUCCCUGUCUCGAGAAGAACACCACGGUAGUCUACGAAAAUGUAACACACAUGAACCUAACGGCGGAGAAGGAGGAACGCCACAAGGAUCUCAUCCAUGAGACCGUCGCUGUUGGAGUUAUGUUCGCCAGCAAGGCGAUCGUCCAGCUCAUAGCUAAUCCAUUUGUAGGUCCAUUAACGCACAGGAUCGGUUAUAGCAUACCUAUGUUCACUGGUUUCAUUCUGAUGUUCUUAUCGACGCUGAUCUUUGCAUUUGGUCGCUCCUACGGAGUCCUGUUUGUUGCUCGAGCUCUACAAGGGAUCGGCUCGUCCUGUUCUUCGGUCUCCGGAAUGGGCAUGCUGGCGGAGAGAUACCCGGACGAUAAGGAACGUGGCAACGCAAUGGGUAUAGCACUAGGAGGUCUGGCGCUAGGUGUUCUGAUUGGGCCACCUUUCGGCGGUUUAAUGUAUGAGUUCGUCGGGAAAACGGCGCCUUUCCUCAUGCUGUCGGCACUUGCACUUGGAGACGGAUUGUUGCAGCUGAUGAUUCUACAGCCUGGUGUGGUGAGGCAAGAAACUGAACCGCCUUCCCUCCGAGACCUGAUAACCGAUCCGUACAUACUUGUUGCUGCUGGGGCAAUUACAUUUGCGAAUGUUGGUAUCGCCAUGUUGGAGCCUAGCUUACCUAUCUGGAUGGCGGACACGAUGGAGGCACGUCGCUGGCAGCAGGGUGUUGCCUUCUUACCCGCUAGCAUUUGCUACCUUAUUGGCACCAACUUGUUCGGACCUCUUGGCCACAAAAUGGGCCGUUGGCUUGCAGCUCUCACCGGACUGAUUAUUAUCGGGUUUUGUCUCAUUUUGAUCCCAAUGGCGCGUAAACUAGAACACCUGAUCAUCCCGAACGCCGGCCUGGGCUUUGCCAUUGGCAUGGUGGACUCCUCAAUGAUGCCCGAACUUGGUUUCUUGGUUGACAUCCGUCACGCCGCUGUGUAUGGAUCCGUUUACGCUAUAGGAGAUACCGCUUUCUGUCUCGGAUAUGCUGUAGGUCCCGCCUUUUCCGGAGCUCUGGUCAACAGUAUUGGCUUCGAAUGGAUGUUGGUAAUCAUCGCGUUACUCAACUUUGCAUACGCCCCGUUUCUUCUGAUGCUUCGUUCUCCACCAGCAAGAGAUGAGAAGCAGAGUUUGAUUAUAAGUGAGAAAGCAUCGGUACGCUACGUAAGCUACCAAAACGAGGAGGAAGAAUAG